AUUGGCUGUGAAACCAUCGACUCAGAAGGCGUCUUCAUAAACGCCUUCCUGUAGAUAUUCAUUUGCUUUCUUCAAAAAUUUCUAUAGCUUUCAAUUUGCUUCCAAUCCAAUUUUCUUCGAAAAUGAGAGAGUGCAUUUCGAUCCACAUCGGCCAGGCCGGCAUUCAAGUGGGUAACGCCUGUUGGGAGCUUUACUGCCUCGAACAUGGCAUUCAGCCUGAUGGUCAGAUGCCGAGUGACAAAACAAUUGGUGGAGGGGAUGAUGCAUUCAAUACAUUUUUCAGUGAAACAGCAGCAGGGAAGCACGUUCCUCGUGCAGUUUUUGUGGAUCUUGAGCCCACUGUCAUUGAUGAAGUGAGGACUGGCACUUAUCGCCAGCUCUUUCACCCUGAGCAGCUUAUCAGCGGCAAGGAGGAUGCAGCCAACAACUUCGCUCGUGGCCACUACACCAUCGGCAAAGAGAUUGUUGAUCUCUGCUUGGAUCGCAUCAGGAAGCUCGCUGAUAACUGCACUGGCCUUCAGGGUUUCCUUGUAUUCAAUGCUGUUGGUGGUGGUACCGGUUCUGGUCUUGGAUCACUUCUUUUGGAGCGUCUAUCUGUUGACUAUGGGAAGAAAUCAAAGCUAGGUUUCACUGUAUAUCCCUCACCUCAGGUUUCUACCUCUGUUGUGGAACCCUAUAACAGUGUCCUCUCAACUCACUCUCUCCUUGAGCACACUGAUGUUGCUGUGCUUCUUGAUAAUGAAGCAAUUUAUGGAAUCUGCCGGCGCUCCCUUGACAUUGAGCGUCCUACUUAUACCAAUCUGAAUCGCCUUGUUUCUCAGGUGAUUUCUUCGCUUACUGCCUCUUUGAGGUUUGAUGGAGCUCUCAAUGUUGAUGUAACCGAGUUCCAGACCAACCUUGUUCCCUACCCCAGGAUCCAUUUUAUGCUUUCCUCAUAUGCUCCUGUCAUUUCAGCUGAGAAGGCCUACCAUGAGCAGCUCUCAGUGGCAGAGAUCACCAACAGUGCCUUUGAGCCUUCAUCAAUGAUGGCAAAAUGUGAUCCUCGCCAUGGAAAGUACAUGGCAUGCUGCCUGAUGUACCGAGGUGAUGUGGUGCCCAAGGAUGUGAAUGCAGCUGUGGCCACCAUAAAGACAAAACGAACAAUUCAAUUUGUUGACUGGUGCCCAACUGGAUUCAAGUGUGGCAUUAACUACCAGCCACCAACUGUUGUUCCUGGAGGUGACCUUGCAAAGGUGCAGAGGGCUGUGUGCAUGAUAUCUAAUUCUACCAGUGUUGCUGAAGUAUUCUCCCGCAUUGACCACAAGUUUGAUCUCAUGUAUGCCAAGCGUGCCUUUGUUCAUUGGUACGUUGGUGAGGGCAUGGAGGAAGGAGAAUUCAGUGAGGCUCGUGAAGACCUUGCUGCCCUUGAAAAGGAUUAUGAGGAGGUUGGUGCUGAGUCAGGUGAAGGUGACGAAGGUGAAGACGAAGAGUAUUGAUUUGAGAACGUUGUUUGCUUAUCGUGGUUUCCUUCACAGUUUGUCAUUCUAUGUUCUAUUAAUGUGCCUCAUAUGUCUUGAUGUGUGGGUUUAGUAUGCGUUCAAGAGUGGUUUGUCUCAAGCAUGUGCUACAAAAUUUCUUCCCUUAAAUCUUAUUGUUCACAGUGAUAUGUGGACUUACUUCGGAUGCUA